AUGGAGCCCACAGCUCACAGCCAGCAGGAGGCAUUGACCCCUUCCAGCAAAGAGACAGCAGAAGACCUUGCCUUCAAGUUAAAUGCUGCUGUGAGAGGCGGUGAUAUAAAAGAUGUGCUGGAGCUGCUGGAGAAAGGGGCAGAUGUGAAUUCCAAAGCAGAAAGUGGCUGGACACCACUGCAGAGUGCUGUGCAAGCUAAUGAAGAGGACCUGGUCCGGCUUCUGCUGGACAAGGGUGCUUGUCCACAUGCCAGGAAGGACAAUGGUGGCACUGCAUUUACGGAGGCAGCAAUAGCAGGAAAUGUGAAUAUACUGGAGCUACUCCUUGAUCAUGGGUUAAAUAUUAAUGACUAUGAUGACAACGGCUUCACAGCUUUCAUGGAGGCUGCAUGGUAUGGGAAGGAAGAAGCUUUGAAAUUCCUUUAUAGCAAAGGAGCAAAUGUGAAUUUGAGAAGGGUAGUUAGUGAAGAGAAAGCGAAACUGCAUAAAGGAGGAGUGACAGCACUGAUGGAUGCUUGUAGGAAGGGCCACUUCUCAGUUGUAAAAACUCUUGUCCAAGAAAUGGGGGCUAACAUGAACAUUUGUAAUGCCUUGAUCCAUGCUCUCAAGGAGGGCUGUGCCAAGGAAAGAUACAAGUCAGCUGUCCCCAUUGGCCAUUUCCUGCUGGACCAUGGUGUUGAUGUGAACAGCAAAGAUGAAUGUGGGAAAACUGCCCUCAUCCUAGCUGUUGAAAUGCAGAGCCCAGAUUUGGUAAAAGCUUUAUUGGAGAAGGACAAAAUAGAUAUUGAUGAUGCAGAUGAGGAGGGCAACACAGCACUGGUGGUGGCUGUAGAGAAAAAUGAUUAUAAUAUAGCGAAGUUGUUGUGUGAAAAAGGAGCAAGGACUGAUGUUGGGGACCUUAUCGCUGUUGCUAAUAGGAACCGUGCUCCUAACAUGGCACGUCUUCUUCGCCAGUAUGAUGCCAAGUUUGUUCCACAAGCCUUCAAAGAUUGGGAGCCAAAGAGCAAAUGCUGGAGGGAUCAGCUGAAAAAACUAUAUAAAAUAUAUCGCCCUAUGAUUGGCAAACUGAAGACAUUUCAAUAUAUCCAGCAGAGAAUUCAGAACACUUCUCAAGGUGGCAUCUACCUGGGGCUCCAUAGCGGGACAGAGGUAGCAGUAAGAAUAAGCCGCAGUACAGAGGGCGACAAAGAGAAAAGGUUCUUUGAACAAUGUAUUAACUGUGAACAUCUACUGAAGCUCUUCCAGUUUGAGAAAGCAAAAGGCUACAUGUACUUAUGCUUCCCACUCUGGGAGAAAAAUCUUGAAGAAUAUCUGCAGGAACCAGAAGGCCAAAUGGAUUGCAAAGGUGCUCUGAGGAUGAUCUUCCAGGCAGUGAGAGAGCUGCACUCCCUUGGAUUUGCUCACCAGGAUCUGCAUCCCAGCAAAUUUUUAAUAGAUUUAGGUGGCAAAAUUUACCUUGCAGACUUUGACAAUAAAAGGAAGUUGAUUGAAGACAAAAUAGAACUUGUAAACACAGAUUUAGAGGCCCUCAGCAGUCUUGUGCUGUAUGUUUUAACAGGGGGUAGGAAACCCCUUCAGCAAGUCAGUGCCAAAGAUUUAGGUGCUGAUUCCCCAGAUUACAUGGAGGCUCUGGAUCUCGUAAGUAGCCUGAUGUCUCAUGAUGAACGAGGCUUGGAAGGUUUGAGCAAACAUCCCUAUUUCUGGAGCAAACAGAUCAGGUUCAAUUUCCUGAAGACUAUAUGGAAUAAAAUCAAAGAUCUCCGCAAUCAGAAAGCUGUCUUUCAAGCUCCUAAUGCUACAGAAAGUUUUCCUUAUCCAUGCUGGACCAAGGAGAUUAACAAAGAUGUUCUGAACAUCAUGGAAAAUCCCAGGAAAGGAAGAUCAUUCAGAUACAGCAACAAUGUCACUGACCUACUUAGGUUCAUCAGAAACCUGGAUGAACAUCCAGAUAUCAGGAUCAGGAACAAAAUAGGAGACCAUGCUGAGUAUUUCUUGAAGCUUUUUCCAGCACUUACCAUUUAUGUUUACAACAGUUUACGCCAGAAUCCUGAAUACAGUCACUUUGCAGACAUUCAGUACCCUUUUCUGUAG